AUGCUACUAGACUAUGGUGAGUUUGCUGGUCUGAGUGCGAGAAAUCAGCCGGUAAAGAGGAACUACGAUCAAAGAGAGCAGGAUCCGUUACCGCAACCAUGUCCCAAAAGGCUCAAGGGCGAACUGACAAAUGAUUGGUGGCAGCUAAAGGAGGAUGCAGUGCCAAAAGAACGAACCGAGGAUCUGGGUUUUCUUACUCCGGCAGCUACUCCAGCAGAGGGCGGGUUUACAGCAACACAACAGAAGGCUUCGUCGCCUUAUUCCGAGGCAGAGGACUAUAUGGUUCAAGGUUACUAUCAGGAUAAUUUACUGGCGUAUGAAAGACGGCCCUGCGUCGAAUCUUUGCAAUAUAACCUCUACGAUACAACUCCUGAAGAGUUUGAGCUUAUAGACGAUGAAGACGAGCACGAAAACGAAACUCGCAUGGACAAUGCGUAUAUUAGUUGGCAGCCCGCGACUAACGACACAGUUAACGACGAAUCCUACGAUAUAGAUAUGUGA